GAGGAGGAGACCGAAGAGAGGAAGGAAACGAGGAUCACGUCACGAAAAGCAGAGUCGGAGUAAAAAAGGAAGAAAAAAAGGAAAAAAAACGGAGUGAACGGUGUUUAAUGGACGAUCCUGAGGUCAGAGCUGCGGCUGAUUGUGUCUGCUGACUGCUGUUGGACUGCACUAACAUGUUUUUGUUAACUUGUCGGGCGUGAAAGGGGAGAAAAAAGCAGCAGGCCGAAGCUUUUCGCAGAGGAAGCGGCAUCAGAAGCAGCAGCAGCAGCAGCAGAUUUCAUCUUUUUUUUCCCUCUCCCUGGAGCCUCGAUAAAGACACCGAGACAGAGACACGGAGACAUGGACAUGUGUGCGUCUCUGCUCCAUAUGCCCGUUUUUUGAAGGAUUUGGAAAUUAAUCCAGGCCCGAUCGUGAGGAGCUGAGGUUUUUUUUUUUUUUUUUUUUCAGUGGAUCUGAGGAAAUCUGCUGCUGACUGAAACACACACACACACACACACACAUACAGUCACAGUUCUUCUUCUUCUUCUCCUCCGUCGCCGCCGCCGCCGCUGGAUUUUGCUUUCAGUUUCUUCUCCUUUUGAAAUUUUUUGAUUUCAUUUGACAGAAGGAACAUUAAUCAUCGGGAGAAAUAACAGGUGACUGCUAGGACAAAUCCAAAAUGAGUGAGCUGGAGCAGCUUCGUCAGGAGGCAGAGCAGCUUAGGAACCAGAUAAGAGAUGCCAGGAAAGCAUGUGGAGAUUCAACCCUGACACAGAUAACUGCUGGUCUGGAUCCUGUGGGGCGGAUUCAGAUGCGGACACGACGCACUCUCCGUGGUCACCUCGCCAAAAUCUACGCCAUGCACUGGGGUUCAGAUUCAAAGCUCCUCGUCAGUGCCUCUCAAGAUGGAAAACUCAUCGUCUGGGACAGUUACACCACUAACAAGAUACACGCCAUCCCCCUGCGCUCCUCCUGGGUGAUGACCUGUGCGUACGCCCCCUCUGGGAACUACGUGGCCUGUGGAGGCCUUGACAAUAUCUGCUCCAUCUACUGCUUGAAGACGCGCGACGGCAACGUCCGAAUCAGCAGGGAGUUACCUGGCCACACAGGUUACCUGUCAUGUUGCCGUUUCAUUGAUGACAAUCAAAUCAUCACAAGUUCAGGAGACACCACAUGUGCACUGUGGGACAUCGAGACAUGUCAGCAGACCACGGUUUUCUCGGGCCACACCGGCGACGUCAUGAGUCUGUCCCUGUCUCCCGACCUUCGCACCUUUGUGUCCGGAGCCUGUGACGCGUCGGUCAAGCUGUGGGACAUCAGGGACAGCAUGUGCCGGCAGACUUUCACUGGCCACGAGUCGGACAUCAACGCCAUCUGUUUCUUUCCCAAUGGCAGCGCCUUCGCCACCGGCUCCGACGACGCCACCUGCAGGUUGUUUGACCUGCGUGCAGACCAGGAGCUUGGCCUCUACUGUCAUGACAACAUCAUCUGCGGGAUCACCUCCGUGGCUUUCUCUCGCUCCGGCCGCUUGCUGCUGGCCGGUUAUGACGACUUCAACUGCAACAUAUGGGACGCCAUGAAGGGAGACAGAGCAGGAGUCCUGGCCGGCCACGACAAUCGCGUGAGCUGUCUGGGCGUGAACGAUGACGGCAUGGCCGUGUGCACCGGGUCCUGGGACAGCUUCCUUAAGAUCUGGAACUGAGCCAUGCACAGAAACAGCAAACGCGGCGUCCAACAGACACAGACAGACGGACAGACUGACGGACACAGACAGACAGACAGACAGACACCACUGGGACACAGUUUGCACCCUGUAUUCACGAUGUAUGUAAGAUUCAACAGACAAACUGCAACAUUGUACUGUACAUAAUAUGUAUGACUUAGGUAUGAAUACACACACACACGACAACACAAGACCAUAACACAUAGUACAGGCUAAAAACUGUAACAAGGCAACACACACGCACACACACACACGUCACACUUAAAAACAGGUCACUGGUUUAAUGUUGUAAAAUCUAAAGUGUGACCAAAUACAGUUGACUCUAUAGCGAAAAAGUGAAAUAACACACAAAUGUCUCUGACCCUGUUCAGACCUGGUAUCAACAUCUGCCCUGAGUGACCCGAUCACCAGUGGACAGCUCUGAGUACAGGUCUGAACGCACCCACUGGUCACACAAAAAAAAAACCCACAACACAUCUGGAGGUGGUUUUGGGGACAAAUGUGGCCACAUUCCUGAUCGACAUGAAUGCAAAUCUGUCCCCGGGACACAUUAGAGACCGCCUCCUCCAUCCGAUUCACUGCAGAUUUUCAGUAUUUUUACACUAUUUAAAGCUCACUGACUUUGAUUUAUUUGUAGCCACUGCCGAAAAUCUCGUUUCGUGUUACAGCAGCGCGAGUAGAGCCCCGUAAUCCACGCUCUCCACUCUCCGAUCACUCACGGCGGAUGUUAAUACCAGGUCUGGAAGGGCCCACUAUGACACGAAACAUGUCCGACAAGCAAAACACAACACACACACACACACACAUUUAACACAUUUUCCUGAGAGACACUGCUCCUCGAGUUAAACAGGAAAAGAAUUGGGACAAUUCUGUCUUUGUUUACAAUGAAGUCAAAAAAAAUGCACUUCAGACGAAACUUUCUGUGCUAUUUUUGUCUCUGUACCACAUGUAUCUCAGAAAUGGUGAUGUGAAGGAAAAGUGGUCUUAGAAGAGAAUCACGUGAGUGCAUUGAAGCUGGGGGGGGGGGUACAUAAAUAAAUAAAUGAAUAAAUAAAUGUGUGACAGACUGGAGGACCCUAUGAUCAACAGUGUUCAAGAAAAACAAACACCUUAUUUUCAUCUGGCUAAAACGCAUCGUGUACUCACUGUUUUUAUAGAAAUGUUCCCCCACAUCCUGUACAUCUGUUCUGAAGGUUUAUUAUUAUUAUGAUUUUUUUUAACACUUGUUUUAUUCAUGUUCUCCCCGUGUGCCUCAGAUACACUUUAAGGAUUAUCAAUAGAGAGUAUCGAUACAGGUAAAUUAACUUAAAGAAAAAAAAGAAAGAAAAAAAAAAAUCUGCAAUUCAGACGGUGGGUGAAAAUUAAAACCAUUACAAGACACAAUAAAAAAACAAAAAAAAACAAAAGCAGGAGCCAUACUUUGACCUUGUCAUCGUAUCUAUCUGGACAUUAUCAUGGUAUAAUUGUACAUAUUAAUAAAUAAGAGCUUCUCCUGCCAGG